AUGGAAGACCUAAACGAUCUGCACACCGAGCUGAACCGAGCGGCAAACCCCUCGGGCUCCGCUGCCGACGAUGUGGCUGAGCUCAAGGAGCUCAUCACGGGAGGACGCUACCUCAAAAUCUUGUGCGCCAUCAAUCGGAGCAUCAAAGGCCCGUACUACUUCGGCGCGGAGCCGACGUACGUGGACUUUUACGCUUGCGGCGUGUUCGAGAUGUGCGAGGGCAAAUGGCUGACCCCUCUGACCCCGUACUCGGGCGACACCAUCGCGGAGCACGCGCCAAAGCUCAAGGUGGUGCUGUCGAGCAUCAGGCAGCUCGGACUCGAGAAGCUCCCGAAGGUGCCUCAGGUGCCGCCUGCUUUCGUGCUCUCGGCGGAGCGGUGUGCCACCUGGGGCAG